CUUGCAGCCGUAUGAUCACUCAGCAUUAUCCUGAGACAAGCUCAUCUUCCGCGCUGUCGCUAAUAGACACUCGAGGAGGUGCGAUACUCCUGGUCGGCGGAUUCAAACUGGAAACGAUGCCAGUCACGGAGAGACACCUGAGGGAGUGACCCUGGGGGCAAUCUCCGGACUCAACUGCAAGCGCUUUCCGGCUGAUAUUCUUGACGGUGUCCUUAGAAAACACAACGCCCCCACCCCCACAGACACAGACACACACACACACACAUUCCAAAUAAACACAGGAGAAGGAAAAGACGUUUGUUUUUAAAAAAACAGAAUAUACACUGCCUGCAAUCGCGAGAUGUCUGGGUUCCCCUUCGAAACCACCGCAUGGAUCUUGUUCGGAUUUCUGCUGAUUUGUCCAGCAAUCAAGGGACCUGCAGUAUUGAUAGAAGGAGCAGAGUUUCUUCCUGAAUUCACGUUAAUCCGUAGGGAAAGCUAUCCUGAGGAGCCACUGGGAGACGUCUUGAAUCACAAAUCUGAAGAUCAGAGUUUACGGAUAGCUCGGUCUGAAGAGGAUGGUGACUCUCAGUGGGAUGCCUGGGGUCCCUGGAGUGAGUGCUCGAGGACCUGUGCAGGGGGAGCUUCAUACUCUCUGCGACGAUGCCUCAGCAGCCGGAACUGCGAAGGGCUAAAUAUACGGUACAGGACUUGUAGCAGUGUGGAUUGUCCUCCGGAAGCUGGUGACUUUCGUGCUCAGCAAUGCUCUGCUCAUAAUGAUGUCAAGUACCAAGGACAGUACUAUGAAUGGCUACCUAUUUACAAUGAUCCUGACAAACCCUGUGCACUGAAGUGUUUGGCGAAGGGUACAGCAUUAGUCGUGGAACUGGCUCCUAAAGUGCUCGAUGGCACGCGAUGUUAUACAGAGACUCUGCACAUGUGCAUUAGUGGAAACUGCCAAGUUGUUGGCUGUGACCAUCAACUUGGAAGUAAUGCCAAGGAAGAUAACUGUGGAGUCUGCAAUGGGAAUGGUUCCACAUGCAGACUUGUACGAGGACAACACAAAUCUCAAGGAUCAUCAAACAAAUUGGACGACGCGGUCAUUGCCAUUCCAUAUGGAAGUCGGCAUGUCCGAAUAGUACUCAAAGGCCCAGACCAUCUGUAUUUGGAAACAAAGACUUUGCUGGGUCAGAGAGGAGAAAACAGCCUGAGUGCUUCUGGAAUCUUCAGCAUUGAAAAUACCAGCAUCGAGUUCCAGAAAUUUCCAGAGAAGGAGAUAUUGAGAGCAAAUGGCCCUCUUGGUGCAGAUUUCACUGUAAAGAUGCAAUAUGUGGGAAAAGCAGACAGUAUAGUCCAGUUUUUCUUUUACCAGCCUAUCAUACAUCAAUGGCGGGAAACCGAUUUCUUCCCUUGUUCUGUCACUUGUGGUGGAGGGUACCAACUGACAUCUGCUGAGUGCUAUGAUCUGCGAAGUGUACGUGUGGUGUUGGACCAGUACUGUCAUUAUUACCCUGAAAACAUAAAGCCCAAACCAAAACUGCGAGAGUGCAGCAUGGAUCCCUGUCCAGCCAGUGAUGGCUACAAGCAGAUCAUCCCUUUCGACCACUUCCAUCCUCUUCCUCGAUGGGAUAGUAGCCCCUGGACUGCCUGCUCCAGCUCGUGUGGUGGAGGUGCUCAACUCCGCACUGUCUCCUGUGUGGAGGAAGACAUUAAUGGACAAGUCAACACCGUCGAGGAGUGGAAGUGCAUGUAUAUACAGAAAUUUCCUGUCGUUCAGCCCUGUAACCUCUUUGACUGCCCAAAAUGGUUGGCGCAGGAAUGGUCUCCUUGUACAGUAACUUGUGGACAGGGCCUCAGAUAUAGAGUGGUCCUGUGUAUUGACCACAGAGGACUCCAUGCAGGUGGUUGUAAUGCAAAAACAAAACCGCACAUCAAGGAAGAAUGUAUUGUCACUGUACCUUGUUAUAAACCAAAAGAGAAACUCCCCGUGGAAGCUAAGUUGCCAUGGUAUAAGCAGGCACAAGAGCUGGAGGAAUUACUGACUGUUUCUGAAGAACCAUCGUUUAUUCCACAGCACUGGUCUCCAUGUAGCAAAACCUGUGGAGCUGGCAGUCAGAGUCGCAAGGUCAAAUGCCAAGUGCUUCUGUCAUUUUCUCAAUCUGUGGAAGACCUGCCAGAUGAUGAAUGUGAAGGUCCAAAACCACAGAUGGAGCGAGCCUGCUACACUGGACCAUGCAGUGGGGAAGCAGUAGAAUACGACGUUGAAGAUGCAGAAUUACUGUACACCAAUUUGCAGGAUUUUGAUGAGCUGUAUGACUGGGAUUACGAGGGUUUCACCCAGUGUUCAGAAUCAUGUGCAGGAGGUGUCCAAGAAGCGAAUGUGGUUUGCCUGAAUAAACAGACUCGAGAGAAAGUGGAUGAAAGUUUUUGUGUCAUCCAUCGCCACCCUCCACAGCUCCUUAAAGUCUGCAACCUGGGACCAUGUCCUCCAAGGUGGGAAUUUGGAAAGUGGAGUGCCUGUUCGUCCAGUUGUGGAGUAGGUCUGCAGACAAGGGAUGUGUACUGUGUGCACCUUUUAGUCCAUGAAAGUGGUGAAACAGUUAUCCUCAGCGACAAGAGCUGCCUUCUGCCAAAACCUGACAACGUGCAAGCCUGCAAUCAGUUCGACUGCCCUCCAAGCUGGCUGUCUGAAGAUUGGCAGCAGUGUUCACAGAGCUGUGGAGGUGGCGUGCAGGUUCGACAGGUCCUUUGCAAACAGAGAAUGGCAGAUGGGAGUUUUGUGGAUCUAGCAGAGGAACUCUGCCUCGCUCCUAAACCAGAAGUUCAUCGGGCUUGUGGGAACAUAGACUGCCCUGCUGAAUGGUUGGCUUCUCAAUGGCUACAGUGUUCAACAACUUGUGGGGAAGGUACACAGAGACGUGAAUUGUUUUGCAGGAAAGUGGAUAAAGAUGGGGUUUCCAAUACUCUAAACAACGCUAAUUGCUCGCACUUACCUCACCCACCAUUGCUCAGAUCAUGUUCCUUCCCACCCUGUGCCAGAUUGAACGGAAAGGAAUUCAAAUCUUCUGACCGCCAAGGGCCUUCUAUCCUGGGUCUUCGCAAAGUGUAUGUUCAAUUAAAGAAAGAAAGGAAACUGCAGUUCACCACUGGUGGGCAGGCUUACCUGCUUCCCAAAACAUCAGUGGUCAUCAGGUGCCCUGUCAGAAGAUUCCGGAAGCCCCUGAUAACAUGGGAGAAAGAUGGAAAACAUUUGUCAAGCUCAUCACAUGUCACCGUUACUCAUUUUGGUUAUAUCAAAAUAAAUCGUCUUAAGCCAGUAAAUAUUGGCACCUAUACAUGCGUAGCAGGGCAUGUGCGCGAUGAUUUUGUGAUUAAAAUAAUUGGAAAUAAUAAUAAACUGAUUGAUCCACCAUCCAGCAAACAGGAAGAAGCCAUUGGGAAAGGAAUCUCAAAUGAAGCAAUAAGUCCAAAGGACAGAUACAUGCCAGGUUUGAAGAUGAAUGGUAGCAAGUCAGACAAAAAUCCAUUCUUCUUAAACCACCAAAGUCAGUACGAUGGAAUCAUUCUUAAACUCUUGGAGAUAAAAGGCUGGUCUCGAGAUAGCCCAGAUUCACGGGAGUCACAGUGGUCCAUAGAGAAGGACUUCACUUCCUUGGAGGAUGCUAGCAUGGAAUCUACUUUUCCAUUAACAUAUGUAAUUGACAAGGCAAGACUGGAUGAAAUCAUUCAGGCCAUAUCACAGCAAACUGAAGAUCUAAAGGAUACUUAUGCUACUCAUGUUAUUGGCCAACUAGUUGCUGAGAUUUCUAAGGGCCAACUAGAUGCUGUUGAAUCCAAACUGAAGCAAGAGGAGGGAAACAUGGAUACCAGUUCAGUGAAGCCUUCUUUCCAUAAAAUCACUACCAAUGGCCAUGAACUAUCAAAAUUAUACCCAGUAGAUCAACCCACUUCGAAGGAGUCUAUUCAUCCAUCUAAGGAGCCAUUCAAGGCACCAGUAAUACUGCAGAAAGCCAAUGACAAAGGAUUGUCUCUGGCAGCAGAGGUGAUUGCUGAUGUGGGCCAUACAAUCUCACUGACUGACUGGACCAGUACACUGAUGCUGAGGUGUGAGGCAAAGGGGAACCCAAAACCUGUCAUUAGCUGGACAAAGAAUGGCCAAAUGUUGAAAUACAGCCACAGAAUUAAGCUUCUUUCAGAUCAUACCCUACAACUAUUUUUGCCAAACAAAUCUGAUGUGGGAGUCUACACCUGCACUGCUACGAAUCCUAUAGGAUGGGAUUCCUUGUCCUCCAAAGUUGUCAUACCAGGGAAGCCAGUAAUUAGAGUGUCCAAACAUGAUUUGCUGAACUUUAACUCGACAUCUGUCAGUGUGGAUGUGGGAAGCGUUGUGAAAGUGAGAUUGAGAGCCAAUAUCACAAUUAAGUGUCAAGUCAAUGGUGUUCCUGAACCUACAGUGAGCUGGACAAGAGAUCAGGGGCAACUUGAUGGCAAUGUUAAGCUUUUCCAGAAUGGAUCUCUCUCAAUAAUAAAUGUCACAUUGGCAAAUCAGGGAAUAUAUUCUUGUCAUGCAUCAAAUCCUCUUGGCCAUGUGAAGGCAACAACGAGCCUGCUAUUACAGGAUCCCCCAAGGGUCUUUUUGGAAUCAAAGGAUUUAGCCCCACUCUUCGCACUGACUGGAUCUGAUGCUCACACAAUAUUUGCUACCAUUCUUGGAACUAAAGAAGUAUUGAGUUCAGGAAACAGUGUUGUGGUUGGUUGCCCUGUUAAAGGCUACCCAAAACCAAGCAUCAGCUGGUUGUAUAAUGGCAAAGUCAUAGGCCCAAGGUUAGAACAGCAACAUCACAUCCAAGCCUCACAGCAGGUUCUUCGAAUCCCAGCUAUCACAAAAGAGCAUCAAGGCAAUUACAGCUGUAUAAGUCAGAAUGAAGCUGGGUACCUCACACUAAAGGUUACACUGGAGAUAGCAGAAUAUGAGUGGUUGAUUGGUGAACUUAUACCAUGCUCAGCGCCAUGUGGGAAUAAAGGUGUGCGGUUUCCAAAGCUGAAGUGUCUGCAGGACAACAGCAUUGAGGUUGACAAGUUUCAUUGCAAAGACAAGCCUCAACCAGACAUCCAGACAGUUCCAUGCAAUGUGAGGGACUGUCCUCCACGGUGGAUUGUAAGCAGCUGGUCCCCUUGUACCCAGCGCUGCGGAGGAGGAACACGGCAGCGCCUGGUCAGUUGUCAGAAGGUCACAGCAGCUGGAAUUCUUGUUGAUCUGUCACCUGGAUUCUGUGCUCAGUCAGGAAAGAAACCAACAGAUUCCCAGAUGUGUAACAGGCAACUUUGUUCAGAGUGGUUCACUUCAAACUGGGGACAGUGCACUAGCCAUUGUGUGGGCCUGAGGCUGGGAAUCCAACGUCGUCAUGUUUUCUGUCAGUCACAGAAUGGAACCAAAUUACCAUCCCAGCAAUGCAGCAGUAAUACGAGGCCACAGAGCAGACGGAACUGUACCUCAGAUCUUUGUACUGUUCAAUGGCGCACUGGUUCCUGGACAUCAUGCACCUCUUCCUGUGGGAAUUAUGGUUUUCAGUCCAGAAGGGUGGAGUGUGUACAUCUGCAAACAGGACAACAAGUGAGAGAACAAUUCUGUUCUUGGAAGCACAGGCCAGUGAACUGGCAGAGGUGUAACAUCAUCCCAUGUGAAAAAUCGGAAUGCAGAGACACAACCAGAUACUGUGAAAUGGUAAAGCGACUAAAACUGUGCCUCCUGUCCCAAUACAAACUACGCUGUUGUGAAUCCUGCAGGGACAUCUGAAGAUUAUAUUUCUAUGAUUUAUCCCCUCACAUUGAAAGGACGAAGGGUGUGGGUGGGGGAGAAACUCGCUUGAAGUGGUUGCAUUGUUUUCAAAUUUCAGCAGCUCCCUCCGUUUUCUUUUGGACGGGCAAAUAUUUCUGUGGCUGUUUGAAGAGAGAAUCUGCAUCUGAAUAGGGGAAAAAAAAUCUGACAUCUGCCAUUCCAGGUGAAGUAGAGCAGGUACAGUAUCUUUAGACACACUCCCUUCACUACCUUUAUGUACAUUGGAAGAAUGCUUCAGGCAUUUUGACAAGUGCUAUCUGUAGCAUUGACACGAUGCUGGAUGACAGUUGUUGUGAUGGGCUAGUUCUAGAAUGAGCCUGACUAUCUUUCUUCAUCUGUCAAAGCCCCAAGGAAACUGUAAAUAUGUUCUGCUCUUGACUAUUUUGAGGGAAUUCUGCUCAGGCCUUUUAUGGAAUAUUGCAACAAAUCCAACUUUAUGUCAGCUACCCAGCAGGUACCCUGUUGUGGCCUUGAAGGAUAAACAGGAGCAAAUGUACUUCAACACAACAAUUGGUGUUGGAACUUACCCCUUGAAAGUGUAAGGGAAAUGCAGUAUUGUCGAGAGAAAAGGAUAGAAUAUCCUAUCAUUUACUUCCCUCAAAAUCCAUCUCAGAUCAAAACCAACUGGUCAAGUAAGCAUUAUCUAACAAGAAUUUUGGAUUCUGUUCUACAUGAACGAAAUAGAAUCACAGGUUAAACACAGCCCUGAAUUCAGCUGGAGAUUGUCUGACUGAAAUUAGGUCAGCAAACUGGGAAUUCAGGAACAAUUUAAGUGCAUAAGUAACAAAAAUCAGGACUGAUUAAUUGUUCAGUGUCAAUAUCUGGAAGGUAAAUGCAAGAAGCAGUAAUGACUAUUCACAUGCAUCUUCUUGAAAUAAUAUGUUCAGUUGUUUUUAUUUUUGUGGGGGGAGGUGUCAGCAAUAUUCAGACAUAAACAUUACCCUAUCCCCUUACUCCUUCCAGUUCAUUGGAGGUUUUUUACAAAGUUCUUCCAGUUCAAUUGCAAUCACUCAAGGGCUUCCCCUCCUGUUACAAAAUAUCCCAACAUUCUAUCUCUCUCCCUUUUCCUUUUUAUGUUGUGUUUUUGAUCUUUCACAUAAGAUUGUGCCAGCUAAUCUAUUUAAAGUAAUAUGGAAAUAAAUCAAGGCUGAUGUGAGAGAAAACAAAAUGUAAGGGUAUGAAAUGUACUGCCUGGAAAGGUGGUGGAGAGAAAUUCAAUUGAGAGGAAAUUGAAUGUUUAUUUGGAUAAAAAUGGUGUGCAGGUUCAUGGGGAAAUGGCAGGAAAUUGGCACUAGGUAAUAGAACCAGUGCAGGCACAAUGGGUUGAAUGGUCUUAUUCUGCACCAUAAUGAUUCUGUGGAGCUGUUAUAGCUAAUUGUUGAAUUUCAGAUAUGGAUUGCAGAAUAGGAACAGUCAAUUCAUUUAUUUAAAGCUCCAUUUUGUCCCAGUCAUUUCCCCUUCUCAGUAUACUAUAGCCCCAGCACCAACCAUUCUCCAAAUCUUUCCUCUUACCAAUCAUCUAAUCAACCAACUGUUUCCCUACAAGGAGGGGAGACAUGGUGCCUUAUCUUGACUUUAUUAUUGCCAUUAAACAGGUAAGUGCCUAAUCUUGGUUGAUAUGCCCUUUGUCUCUCUGCUGUACAAAUUGUCCUAUGAUUCAGUUAUGUAACAACAGUAGCAGGUACAAAUUUUAGGGAAAUCUCCUAUCCUCUGAUCUAUUCACAGAGACAUAAUGGGGAUAAAGGGAAGCAUUAUCAGCUACAAGUCGGCUCUCACAGUCUGCUAUGAAACAGCACAAUUACUUUGUUCUGGGGCUUAGGGUCAGCAAUGAAGCAAAGGUGGUCAAAGAAUAUAUCUCUGAGCGAUCUCACAAUCUCUGUGUCAAUGUCAUUAAGCUGUCCAAGCUCUAAAUCACAUUAAAGAAAUGGCCAAUCAUGAAAGGAAGAGUAUAACCAAAAUACUCUUAAAAAUGUUGCACAGCGAAAAGGAGUUUGGAACAUAAAUGUGGCAGAAACUUGGAAGCUUAAAAUUAGAGGUUUUUGUAAAUUAAUUAUUUAAAAUCUCAAGAAAAUCUAGUUAUUAAUCAUAAUAGAAACAUUUAACAACAUUAACAUAUUUUGUUAAGGACAGAAAUAUUGCUGAACUAUAAAAUGAAGUUUAAAAUCCUAUUGUAUGUAUGUAAUUAUAAAAGAUAGACAUUAAUAGGUAUACCUCACAGGGUUUCUAACAGUGAUAUGAUAUCAGAAAUGGAAAAUUCUUGCAUACAGUUGAUUUAUUUGAUUGCUGGAUCUAAGGGCAUUUGGUACUUUAUAAUGCACAGCACCACCCGUGGCAGAGUAAUGAGUGAUAGACUAGCUUCACAUGUUAAUCUGCACUUGUGCUAAUUCCUUACAUUGUGAUGACAGUCAGAGGGUUGGUUAGUGGUGGUGAACACUGACAGCUCACCAUUAAAAUAAAAUCCAAAAAUUCCAGGCAUUUAUAUUGUUGAUCUUGCUUUUAUCUCCUCAAGCUAUGUACCAUUUCCCAGUCCAGAAUGUUUCGAGUAUCUCUCGUCUUCUUAGUGAGCAAGUGCCUUGCUUUUGUUUCCCACUUCUCCACAGAUGAAGAAUUCACUUUAGAUGGGAAAAAGAAUGGGUUCUCAGCUACAUCCAAUAAUCUGUUUCUAUAGUGCAUUAUGUGAUUAAUUGCAUUGUACUGCAUUAGCGCAAUGUUCAUGGACUACAUACAAAAUCUCUGGAAACAUAUAGAUAUUUUCUCAACAGUUCAAUCUAAGGCAUUAUUCCACACCUUUGGAGCAGGUAGGACACUACCACUAUGUCGUAAGUGCCGUCUUCCGGAAAUAUAUAACAAUGGGUAAUCCACGUACACAAUCAAGUGAUUCAGAUACCAUGUUAAGAUGGAAGUAGAUGGUCUCGGAUUCUGUCAGUGUAGUUUGCUGUUCUGUGUGUAUAAUAUAUGCAUUGCUAAAAAAAUUAAAAUCCUUCUUACAUGAAUGGGUAGAAUUUUCAUGCUGUUUAACAGUAAUUGUGAGAUAGAUAUAUAUAGGCUUCUAGAUACAGGAGGGACCUUGAUGUGAUCAAGUGUAGGUUAAUAAUUAUGACCUGGCUAAAAACACUGACCAGGCUAUUUACAACAUUGUCAUUUAAAAUUUAAAGAAAAAUUAUUACCACAGCUUUAUGCAGAAUAGAGCAGCAAUUCUCCUUUUCAGCAAAGGUGGGUCUGAAAUCUAAGCAACUUAGAUCUCUAAAUUUAUGUAUAGUUUAAGAUAUGAUCUUUGUAAAAUAAGUUCUGUAUCUAUUUAUUAGAAGGUUAUGUUGAACAGUGCAAUAUACUUCUAACUGUAUUUUAUCUUGUCCAGAAUAUACUAUUUUGGGGGAAAUUUCUUGUAACCAAAGCUUUUUUUGUUGGCUAUAUUUGCAAAAGAAGUUGAAGUUUUCAUUUUAAUAGCACUUCCAUUGAAUUCUCUUUCUUUUAUUUGUCUUACACUGCACUGUGAAGGGGUGUCAUUCCCAACUAUUGGGGUGUAUGAAAUAAGUGAUGCAUUCUUAAUAUGUUGGGGCUGGUGUAUUAAACUCAAAUGAUUUUCCCAUUAAUUCCAGUUGCAUUCCUUCUAAUGACUGAUUCACCAGUCUAGUUGCUGUGUACAUAAUAUGUUUAUCCUAUGUUUUCUCUCGGGCAUCACUGCAAAUAAGUAAACAGUCUAUGGUAGAAAAUGUUCCCUGAUAUUAUGGGAAGAAUUUGCUUAUUUCACUCGUGAAUUCAAUUUGAAACAUUUGGUAGUGUUCUACUACAUGCUAAAAGCAGACAAAUCAUGACUUAGAUAUCAAAUGUAGCAUUUUGUGCUUCCUAUCUAACUGUACAUCCUGGGUGUAGUCCGCGACUCAUCAGUUGUUUGUUUUCUCCUAGAGUAAUUGUGAACGUAUGUCACAGAAUAAAAUGUGACAAAGACCCAGUGAUACAUUUUCCGAAUGCAAUGUUACUGGAUAAAGUCUGAUGUUACUUACCAAAAGCCAAUGUAUGUAAUUUGUU